AUGCCUGCUCCUCUCGUUCCCGCCGGUGCUGUCGCUGCUCUCUCCGACCCCUCGAAGGUCUGCCACUGCGAUGCAGCAACUUUGGCUGCACAGUCGCCAUCGAGCCCGAACUGCACGAAGUGUCUGAUCCCCCAGUAUCCGAUUCGAAUAGACAGACUGCAUUCGACAAAAGCAUGCGCUGCUGGGAUGGCAAUGCCAGGAUCAUAA